AAGAAAAUCUUCCCUUGCGUCGGUCCUCACUCCACAGUCAGGCAGACCAGCAGCAGCUUUACUCUCUUUAACUUUACCGGCAUUCGGCGAUCGAACAGCGGAGGACGCCAUCGGCCGACGGCGUAAACUCGACGGCGAGCUUGUUCUCCCUAUUCCCGUCCUCCUUUUUUCUCCAUUUGCAUUAAUUUUCACAACCUUCAAACCCCGUUUUGCCACCAAAAAAAGUAUAUAGAAAAAAGGAACGUGGCCGAUGACAUCAACCGUUUCCUCGUCUUCUCCUUCCUUUAUUUCCGUCGAUCCUCCCUUCCGCUUCCCUAUAUCAGCGCCGCAGCAACAGUUUUACUCUCAAUCUCAACCAAUCAAUCCGCGGAGAUCGGAUUUCCAGUGGUCGGCGGCGCAAGACCGGGCGGCGGGGCAAUGGAGAAACUCAGGCGAUUCAACCGGGACAUCCCCGAUUUGGUGCUAUCGAAGUUUGGAACUAGGGAUUUGAUUCAGAUGAAACGCGUCUCCAAACUCUGGCGCAGCCUCAUCUCCGACCUCCUCUCCGACCGUGACUUCGCACUGAAACAUUCGCGGGGCCGGAACCAGUUGCUAUCCGGAUUCUUCGUCCGGCAGAAAUUUUGA